AUGUUGUGUUUGGAUUUCUUCUACUGUGGAGCGUUGAUGCUCUGCUGCACCAGCCCAUGUGGGGCCUUGCUGAUCCCCGCCCACAAACCCACAUUGACAGAGCACACCUUCCCAUCAACAGAGACCUCAUCAGCCUCCACAGUUCCUCAUCACGGCCCUCACAAUGCAGCUUGCUUUGUGGAUGAUAUUUUCGCGGUGUUGCGUGACGUGGUUGGGAGUGACGGCGAACUCACAAAUGGCAGUUUGUCUCAGUUUGGGAUCUGCACUGCGUCCGGCAGCUCUUCAGGCUCAAUCUUGUUAGAGCUCGCAAAGGAAACGAGCGGAAACCAGAGACACGGAUUGGAGGCGCUGCACCCAACUGGAGUGCUCCUCGCAGAAGAAGGCGAAAGAGGAACGCACAUAUUGACCUUUGACCUCCCACCGUUUACUUUACUCAAGCUGAGCCCUGCGCUGCUCCUGGCAUUUAAAAGGCCCCCCACUGGAGGAAUCCUGGACGUCACUUUCACCAGCCAGUCACUGCAUCCUCACACACAGACUGUGUGCAUCUUGGGAGAAACGCGGUACAUACUGCUGACGGGAAAAGCACAAGAGGGCAACGUUCACCUGAAAUGGAGGAUUUCUGUUGAGAUGAAAUCCCCCGAUAUGAGCCAAAGCCUCAAAGAUAUCCUUAUUGGUGGAAAAUCAGGAAGUAACAUCAGCAUGGUUCCACUUCUGCUUUUCAUUCGGGAGAGAGGAACUGAUACAAGAUAUCAUCAUAGUUCAUCCUUGAUCUCUUCCCAUACCUCCUUUCUCUGUGAGCUGAAGCGGUUCAUGGGUGACGUCCUGCGUCAGGACCCCCGUGAGUCCUCUUCGCUCCUGCAGGACUCCUUGCACUCCCUGCCUCCCCUGACGUUGGGCUUAUCCUCCAGUGACGCUCUGCUGGCGGGACUAAUCAACUCCUCCUCCAUCACCAUCUUCUCGUUCAGUAGCUGGAGCUCCGUGUUUCAGUUGCACCGCGGAGAAUUGGCCCUUUCUCCUGCACUGCUGGAGGAGCUCAAGCAGAGGUUGGAGCAGACCGUGGGGAAGAUAAUGAAGGUCAUACGGGAGGAGAAAGUGGGACAGAGGGCCAACAAGAGUCUGGGAAGGCUCAAGGACCUCAGUGCGUUCCCGUUGAAAGAACCGGCAGCAGGUGACAGCCAGUACCGUGCAUUCAUUCUGCUGAAGGCCCUGCAGACGGUGGCCCGAGCCUACGAGGUGCAGAGAGGACAGCGGGCCACCAGAGCAAAUGCGAACAACCCAGUGAGGGCCAACAUAUGUGGGCUGAGGAGCCUCACGGUGUCCCUAGAAAAGCGCCUCGGGCUUCCAAACACGGUCACUAUCAACAACUGCCACGGCUCUUGUGCUUUCCCUGUGACCAACGGCAACAACCACGCCGUCCUGCUCAACUUACACAUCGAGAGUGAGAAUGUGGACGAGCGGGCUCCCUGCUGUGUGCCUGUGGCCUACGACGCCCUGGAAGUGGUGGACUUGAACGAAAAUGGGACCUUCCUCUCCAUCAAACCAGAUGUGGUAGCCAAGGAGUGUGGAUGCCGCUAA